CGUCCACAUACACACGUGAAGGUCAGCAAAAGAGCCAUAAGGGAUCUAUAAUUGGACAAUAAUUGCUCUAACGACCGCUUUUUAGCAAAAUAUGAAUGGCCAGGGAGCGACAACUGACCCUCAGCUUAAGCAAUUCAUCGAAAUCGAGUCUCAAAAACAAAGAUUUCAGCAGCUGGUGCAUCAAAUGACUGAGGUUUGCUGGGAGAAAUGUUUGGAUAAACCCGGACUAAAGCUGGAAUCGAGGACCGAAGUGUGCUUCGUUAACUGCGUGGAGCGAUUUAUCGACACCAGCCAGUUCAUCCUAAACCGACUGGAACAGACUCAGACUCAAAGGGGCAAGGGCUCGUUCUCUGAGCCCAUGUCAGAAUAAGAACUGUCCUCGAAAGGACUGACAAGACACAUGCACACGGCCCCGCGGCUCCGUGACUGGGCCGUUUGGUCCCGUCCCGGCUGUCCGUUCAACUUGGAAAAGGGAACCGCAUCAAGUGUAACUUUUGAUACAAGUGCCUCAGAUAAACCUGCUGUAUGGAUGCUGAAGUCUAGGAUCUUAUUUGUUCUCCAUUUAGCAAGAUAGGGGUGCUACGAACCGCUUUAGAUUUUGGUCUGUUAUCAGUAACUUAGUUUUUUUUGCUUGUCGAAACUGUGAAUCUGAACUUGAAUGCGUGCUGAAUACUGCAGAAAGAGGAAUGCAACUGGGACAUUGAGCAUCAGCCAGCUGUUUCUGAAACCCACAAGGACAUCACCACACUUUGCUGAACUUUAAGAGAACUAACAGAUGACUUGAGCAAAGAGGUGCAAUGAUGUGGACUGUACAUAUGCAAUAAACAUUAUGCCAAAUAACUGUAA